CCAAGUUAAUGAUGUGGUCAGAGAGCUUCUCAGUGGCACCAACCUGAAGGCACUUUUACAAAGUUUUACUGGAAAGUCCUUGAGAAGAAUUCAAAACAUGGAUGGACUUUCACAGCAGCAGAUUACUACCAGAGUAGAGUGGUUUGUUGAAGAACUGAAGAAGGCCAAAGUCAUUCCAGAAGAUAUCAAAGUUGACUGUUAUGCAUUCACGGAGAAAAACUUUGUAUGUAUACUUGAUUUUCUCUGGAAGCUGAUUGCCCAUGAUAUAUGGUUCACCUGGGAGCGUUUCAGCCAGCUAAGGAUUUCAGAUGACAAACUGGUGUGCUCAGAUGUCUUCAAGUGGACUCCAGAGGCACCACCAGCAACCAAACCGCCAGUGACACCUUCACAUUCUUCUAUGGAUCUUAUUAAAAAUAAUGAGUCACUUUCACAGUCAUUUCAAACAUCUUCUGUGUCUCCUGUAGUAGAAAGAACUAGCAAUUCUCCACUCACAGACUGUGUUUCAGAGGACACAAGUGUCUAUCCUUCACCAGAUUGCUGCAUUUUGGACAUGGCAAAUGCUCUUUUAGAGAUGGGCGACACUGGGAAGAACAUAAUUGUAAAGUCCCUGGAUGCUCUGGGAAAUGGACACAUUUUAUGUGCUUUAGCUAAUUCAUUUUUACCUGGAACAUUCACCACUGACAUUCUCCUGAAUGACAGGUGGACAGCAAACCUGGCUUUGAAAACUCUGGAGAAGCUUUUUUAUAUUUCAUCUUCAUUUACAUCUGAUGAUCUGCAGGAGGUGAAAUAUGAAACUUCUUAA